AUGAAGCGAUUGGAGACGCUUCGUAAGGCUCUCACUCAUGCCAUGCGGGAGUCGUCUGACAAACAGGCGCACCAUUACAAUCUCCGUCGGCGCGACGUUGAGUUCCAAGAGGGUGACUUGGUUCUGCGGCGCACUCACCCAUUAUCCAAUGCGGCGAAACAUUUUUCGGCUGCGUUGGUCCCUCCAUUCGAGGGUCCUUUCAUGAUUAAUAGAAAGAUCACAAACACAGACACACCAGUUCCACGAGCCGAGGACGCAGCACCAGCCGUGGAUCUGACGGAGAGCACUCCAUCAUCCUCUCCCCCGGGUCAGGGGGUUAAAGAAGAGCCCAGCCUCCUCACUAGCCAGCAGAGAGCUGCCCGCAAUGCGGAGAUAGCUCUGGAGAGCAUCCUCUUCCCGGAAGGCAUUCCGGUGGAGCUGGACGACCUGGCUCUCCCCGACGACAGCGACGCCGACGUCGCCCAGGACCCGCCACCGCGAGGACCCCUGUCUCCAGUCGUCGUGCUGGAGAGGCUGCCGCUGCCCGGGAGACCAGAAGGGCCGCAGUCCCAACCGGCCAGAGAGGGCCCCAUUUACCUCCAGGACUACUGGGACCCAGUAAGACCCUGGCUCUCCGAGAUACGAAGUAUCGAGGAGAGACGUCCCGGCUUUGCCGCGGCCCUGCAUACCUGCACGCUGACACCGGCUCACCACCUGUCAGCGAUCAGGUUCAUCAUCCCUCCCAUUCCCCUGGAAUUGGUGAGCGGCACCGUCCCACUCGGAGGGAGUGAGGAAGAACUCCCGGAGGCUACCUCCGAGGGCCACAUAUCCGAACGGGCCCUGGCCCCGCCGGCACAUCCGACUGUGGAGAUCGGAUCCAGCUCCGCGAGCUCCAGUUCGUCUAGCUCGUCGAGCUGCAGCAGUUGCAGCCGCUGCUCUUCGAAGUCCGGGAACUCCACCAUCCGCAGUCCAGGACCAGCCGGAGAUCCAGCCGGAGAUCCAGCCACCCCACGACCAAGCGAGGGGGAGGGUCCGGACAGCACACCGGCACCCAGCAUCCAGAGCGCGGCCACCGAGUUCAUUGACCUCGGACCCCUCGAGGAACUAUCGCUGCCCAGCACAGUGCCCGCAUCAGGGUCACCGCCUCCAGCUCUCUCUCAUCCCGAGACUGAGCUGGCCACUCCACAUCCGCCGCCCACGGAUCCAAGGGCCGGCGAGAAAACGCCACCACAUCCGCUCCUCAGAGUAGGUGAGGGUGGCGAGAAGCUCCCGGAGGUCACCCCUUUGGGUUCCGGACGGGCUUUUGCCGUCGUGGCCACUCGUCCGAGCAUAUCAGCUCCGGCCUCGACAUCCGCCUGUACGCAGGUCGGCCCAUCCGCUCCUUUGGGAGCCGUGGAAGGCCCCGUCAUCACCAGCAGCCAGCAGAUGAGGGAGACCUCCACGGACCCUCGCGACGUCACCGCAGUGAAGCGAGGAGGAGGACAGCCCAGGGGAACAGCCGCAGGUAAACGCCGCAGACCACGACACUGGUGUUUUGACUGCCGCAGGCACGGCCACACACACCAGGCUUGCCCCAACCCCACCGGAGAGCUGUUCUGCGGGCAAUGUCCACAUCGCCUCAGGGCCGACAAGAUCUGCCCGGAGCACGGCCCGAUAACCCAGCCUGCUGGCGGACGAACAGCCGGAUCCUCCAACACGCCAGCUGGGACCUCUCAGGUGAGGCCACCACUGCCACCUGCUUCGGCGGCACCCAGCCGUCGCCCUCCCACGGCCGCCAGAUCACCACUACGCCUCCAUGAUCGACGUGCUGAGGAGUAUUGGGCUCCCUUUGAAAGGGCCCCCAUCCGUUCGGCUGCUGCCGGACCGGCUUAUCCGUUCCCCCGGGAGGAGGACCGCAGGCCUCGGCAGGGGGACGACCCCCCAGAAGAUUCGGAGCUCCGGUUCUUCUGGCAACCGCCAGCGGCAGCGCCCACCAGCCACCGCAGCGACUACAGGUCCCCGGAGCACGGGGAUUACACCUCGGCGGCCACCAGUGCACCAACACGGCCAGCCCUUGGGCGCGGGGCGAACGCCCGCUUCGGACCUCCCCCAAGUCAGGCAACCCGCUGGUCCAGGCACACCAUCGAGGCCCUCCAGAGCAUCCUGGACCAGGCCCAGCGCGACCAGCAGCAGAGCCCGGAACCCAG